UUUAUCUAGCAUUCUCAUGCAAAUAUUACGCUGAUAACGUAUUCCACCAUCAGUAAUCUCAAAUGAAUCUGAUUGCAAUCUCAUUUCGGCUAGAUUUGAUCAUAUGCUGAUAUUUUCGGAAUGUUUCAUGAAUUAUUGAUUAUUUUGAUAGUUUUUAGGUUUUACGCUGAUUCUAUAGAGUCGAACAAGAGUGACACAAAGUUGAAAAUUAUUGGUGGGUUAACAGUGAAAAACAGAAGUGAUUUUUCUUAUCAGGUCUCUCUCAGAUAUGCGGGGCACCAUUUAUGUGGAGGGUCCAUAAUAAGUGAAAGCUUGAUCUUAACAGCCGCACAUUGCUGUUUCCAUGAUAAAAAACCAUUAAGCAGGCACAAUUUGAGGGUUAUCGCUGGAGACCUGAAUAUUAGGAAAUCUUCCAACAAAACUGAAUCAAGAUCUGUGUCUGCAGUCUACGUUCAUCCAAGUUAUGACGAUAAAUUCAUAAAAAAUGACAUUGCGUUAUGGAAGGUUUCACCUCCUUUCAUUUGGAACGAGAACAUCCAGCCUGUAGAAAUUUCUAACUAUAAAGUCCAUACAAACGCUCCAUGUAAUGUUUCAGGAUGGGGAAUUACUGAUCAUGAGUUGAAUGUAGUGAGCAGCAAUUUGAAGUAUGUAGAAGUGCCAAUAAUAGCAAAAUCUUAUUGCAGAAAGAUUUACCCAGAAAUAAUCUCACUAAAAGUCAUUUGUGCAGGUUCUUAUGGGAGGGAUUCUUGUCAGGGUGAUUCAGGAGGUGGUUUGGUGUGCAAUAGAACCCUUGCAGGAGUAGUAUCAUUCGGUGAAGGGUGCGGGGUGAAUCCUGGUGUUUAUACAGAUGUUUAUGCUUACCGAUCCUGGAUCAAAUACUCCAUGCGGACCAUAAAUUCGGGUCUACACGAAGUCCCUAACAAUGUAUUCAUUUUAUUUUUACAAGUUUCGAUGAUUUUUUCUCGAAUUAUACCUUGGAAUUUUUGAAAUGUUUGUUAUUUAAGAUACACGACAAUUAAACUGCCGAUUGUA